AUGGCAGAGAAGAAGGCCGCCGCGGGCCCCACCGAGGGCAAGCUCAGGGUUGUUCCUGGUGCACCCUCUACCUCUGCUUCCUCUACCGCGGCCGAAAAGAAGCGUAGCAAGAAGCAGGGGCAGCAGCAGCCAGCAAUUGAGAACAAAAAACAAGCAGCACUUAUUGAAGCUCUACCAAAUAAUGUAAAGCAGGUCAAAAGCGAGAGGCUCAAAGCGGAACUUCAAACCCUCGGCGAGCAGGCAGAAAAGCAUGCCGCCGUUGCUGCCUUCGAGGCUGUGAACGACAAGAACAAUGCCGGCGAGCAUAUGGACGGGUCCACAUUAAUUCCCCGAAAUUCAAUUGCUGCACUGAUCAACAAACGUCUAAAAGCAGUCAAUAAAAAGCUGCAACGUGUCACUUCGUACGAAUCGCAAGCUCCAGAAUCGCUCAAUGCAGACCAAAAAAGGAUUAUCCAGUCCAAGCAUUCCCUUCUCGCAGUCCAGAGCGAGCUGCAAGAAAUUCUGCACGGUCUCGAGGCGGUUGAAAAGGAGGAUGCCAUCGCCAUUGAAUCAGAAAUCAAGGAGAGGACCGUGGUACUACGAGCAACGGCAGAGAAGGAGGCCUCAGAGCAGACUAUCACCCUUUUGCAGUUCCUCCAUCUCUUUGCUCUCUUCAAUCCUCAUCUGGUUCCUGGCAUAGACACAUUGGCCCCGCAGAACUCCCUUCCUCGCGUGUUGCAGGAGCAGAGCACAGGCGCGGAAGCAGCCGCGCUUGGAUUCAUCUUUGAGCAGCUCGCCCUCGGGCCGCUCGAACAGAGUACAGCUGCCAAAAUUUUGGGUCUAAAUGACGGAGCACUCGACAUUGUCCGCAAACUGAGAGAUGCUCGUGAGAGCAGCGAGGUGAUUCAGGGCGUUGGAUACGAUCGCGUCCGUGAAAUGAUCCACCAACUCGCAGCAACCCCCGCGGACUUGCAAAGCCACGCGGCACCUGCAUUUGGUGGCGAAGCUCUACCGGAAGCCGUACCUGCUAAAGAAGGCGAUGCCGAAGCGCCAGUAGCAGCAGAAGGAGAAGCGGCGUCGAGCGCGCCAAUCAACACAGGAGCGAUGACCUUUGGCUCCAUCGACAUCAGCACUGCCCCCGGAGGUGGCAUCAAGUUCAUGCAGGAUAGCGAAAUUGAGCCCAUAGCCGACAACACGCAGGAUUCCUCGCCCACCAGUGCAUUGCGGCUGGGUCAACCGGAAGAAGUUGAAGCGACUGAGCCAGAGGGUGAAACUGUCGAAGGACUUGAAGCGGGAAAAGAAGCUGUGCAAGGUGCUGUGUCUGAGCAAACCGGCGGAGGUGGAAAGCUCUCUGGGUCGAUAGUGUCGGUCGUUGCGGAUCAAGGCGGGAGUGUCAAGGGCGAGGUCGCUAAACCGAUCACAACAACCGAAGUGGGAGCUCUGAGCAGCAACCUUGGUGAUCUUUCCUUGAGCGCUCCGGUUGACUGGGCCGAAGACUUCAACGAGCAGCCUGAGGCACCCAGUGUACCACCUGCGGAUGCCGAUGCGCAAGAACAGCAGAUGCCUAUUCGAGCUGCCAAUGGUUAUCAGGGCGAUCAGCUGCGCAAGCCAAGGCAGCCGCAACCGCCCAAGAAGCCACAGCCUCAAGUGGAUGAAGAUGGUUUCACACUUCUCACAUCCAAGAGAUUGGCGCAGCAAGAUCGUGGACGCGGCCGUGGAAGGGGCAGGAUCAGCUACGCAGGUCGAGGCUCCGGGUGCGUAGGCGAUGUGAAUAGCACAGGCCGACCGCAUCGGAGCGGAGACAAGGAGAAGGUGGCGAAUCUGGGGCAGGGCCAGACUCGAGAGAGAGGAAGCGCUUCAAGGGGAACACAGCCCACGAGGGGGAGAGGAAAGCCCCGCCAGCUCAGAGAGGGCGGAGACACUACGCCCAAAAGAUCCGAGUAG